UUUAGCCUGCAUUUGCCCUGCGCCGAUGCCUCCGCCGGACAACAAUGUUGAAAAUGAAUUCAUGUUUAAUUUCUACUGUGCUCAUAUUAAUAGCUGUGCGUCAUGUUUUGUCCGGCGGCCUUGGAGACGUAAGCAAUCAUCCGGCAUGGGAAUAUCUAGACUCACUUGAUUGUGGAUUUAGUGCCACCGAUAGGAUCGUUGGUGGCUUGACCGCGUCUUUAGGACAGUUCCCUUGGCUUGUACGCUUCGGGUACAAAAUAGAGAGCGAGGGUGAGUUGGACUGGAUGUGCGGAGCGGCCCUCAUCACCGACAGACACGUGCUCACAGCGGGUCAUUGUGUCAUGCCAGGAGAAUACGUGUUAUCAGAUGUUCGUAUUGGAGAAUUCGACACACGAACCAACCCUGAUUGCCAGCUAAGCAUGUGUGCUCCACCAGUGCAAGAUAGAAAGAUCAAGCAUAUUAUAAUUCACCCAGAAUUCAACAAGCCUCCGUAUCACAAUGAUAUUGCAAUUGUCGAAAUGGAUAAUCCUGUAGAAUUAAAUGAAUACGUCACUCCACUUUGUUUACCGCGAGAAGAAGAAAUUCGGCCAAAACUAGGAGAAAUCGUAAGUGUUGCAGGCUGGGGUAAAACUAAUAUGACCACGCAAGAACGAGCCCAAAUACUGCAGUAUAUAGCGUUACCCAUUGUAGCACCAGAUGAGUGUUCUUUUGGAAAAGGAUUCAAGGUCGAUUCAAAUGAGAUAUUGUGCGCAGGCGCACAACUUAACCAAGAUACUUGUGUUGGCGACUCAGGAGGUCCACUGAUGAAGGUGUUUGACACCGAGGAAGGUCCAAAGACCUUUGCAAUAGGAGUUGUGUCGUUUGGCCCAACCAUCUGCGGAAACAAGAAACCUGGAGUUUAUUCAUUCGUGCCGCACUAUCUAAAAUGGAUACUAGAUUCUAUAAAAGAAGAUGUCAAUGCUACAUGUAAAAACUUUGAAGGAGACACUUGUAAGAUUCUCUAUGACUGUCCAUAUGUGAUCAAUAUGAUAACUAAUAGAGAGUUUGAGAAAGCUAGAAUCAGGCUAUGCGGAUUUGAAGAAAACAAGCCAAAGGUCUGCUGUCCAAAAGACGUAGAAGCCCCAAAAGAUAAUGUUAUCGUUUUCAAUAACGAAACAGAACCAUCGGCGACAAAAAGACCCGCAACAAGGGAAGACACAUCAAAAGUGCCUUCGACAACAUUGCCAACUAUUUCUCUAGGCCACUCGGAUCCGUUUCCCAACAGAUCUAUUUGUGGUCAAGUCAAAAAUGACGAUAGAAUCAUCGGUGGGCAAUUAGCUGGUAUCGAUGAGUUCCCCUGGCUGGCUCAAUUAAAAUUUGUUUCAAGACAUAAAGAAUACGUUGGCUGUGCAGGAUCUCUUAUCACCGACCGGCAUAUUUUGACAGCGGCUCAUUGUGUUUUAAGAAAAGUACCCCAUGUUCGAUUAGGAGAAUACAAUGUUAACACUGAACACGACUGUGUUGAAAAUGAUUGUAAUGACAAACCUGUAGAUGUUGCUGUUAAAGAAGCGGUUAAACAUCCCAAAUACAAUGACGCAGAUAUAUCUAGAUAUGACAUAGCGAUACUGGUAUUGGAACAAAGCGUAAAUUUCACAGAUUACAUUCAACCUGUGUGUCUACCGACAACUGAAUACGUCGCGGUACAGGAUUAUUUAAAAGAUAGCAGCUACCUCACGGCUGGCUGGGGAGCUACAGAGUACGAUGUAACUUCUCCUGUUAAACGAAAACUUCGCUUGAAUGCAGUACCCAUUGAAACUUGUCAAGUGUCCUUUGGCAAUAUAAACGUCUCACUUUCAUACGACAACAACGUAAUUUGUGCUGGCGGUAGAAAGGAUGAGGAUAGCUGCCAGGGCGAUUCCGGUGGAUCGCUGGUGAGAGAAGUGUCAGAGGAUUACAAAGUCAACUGGUUUAUCUAUGGUGUCACUAGCUUCGGAGCCAGAAUAUGUGGCGAAGAAGGUUUGCCUGGAGCGUACACGAGAGUAACAGCUUACAUGGACUGGAUCAGGGAGACAGUGUCGAGAACUUGAGGAGACUACUAUAAGUUAGAGAACAAUUAUAAAUUUUAAGUGAUAUAAGUGAUAUAAAAUUGCUCCUGGCUUAGCACGGCUACUACAGAAAGGGUCGAGAGUAAUAAGGACAAAAUUGUCGAAGGAAAUCUGUCAGUUCAUCCCCAAAAUCUAUCAGUGUUUCUACAUUCGCAUUUCUGCCGUGACCAUGCUAAGGCUGCUGGAGCUGGAUUCGAUUCUCAUGUUAAUAAACAAGAAGUGCACAUGCUUGUUGCCUAUUUGCUAGCGACCAAAGUAUACGUUUCUUGUGCCUUACCUACAAAAGAUGAUGUUCAAGUAGAUACAAUAAAUUAUCGAUUAGAUUAUU